AUGGAUAUCGACGAAGACAUGAUGAUGGAAGGCGCGUUACAGGCGUACGAGGCGGAUGACGACGACGCGCUGCAGUUGACUCCAGGCCAUCAGGACGGCGCACACGAGCAGCACGACCAUAGAAACGAGGAGCAGCAGCAGUUGCCGCAUCAGGAGGAGGGGUUCAGGGAAGAAGAGAUGCACGACGCGAACGGCGCUGCGGCUGCUCUUGCGGGAAAUGGAUCUGAGAGGGACGCCGGGACGGGUGGUGGGUCGAAUCGUGUGGGGGAUGGCGCUGAAGCGGCGGGCGACGAGGGAGCGGCGAAGCAGCAGGAGGAGCAGGAGAAACGGGAGGAGAAGGUUCCGGCAGGAAUCGGAGCGAAGCGAAAGCCACCAACAGCCACCAUGUUUCCUCCUCCUCCCCCUCCCGCCAAAACCCCCACUCUCUACAAAGAAUACCGAGACGCCAUUAUCACCAUGUACUGCCAGAUGCCGCCAUCCGAUUGGCCGCUCACCUUCACACGUGUCCGCCGGGCGUUGGUUGGUGACGCACCUGUUAUACCAUCUGAUGCAGCAAGAGUGAGUGUGACUAUAGAGAGCACCCCCGCUAUAGCUGCAGGAGCGCCUGCUGCUGCGGCUACAGCUGCCGCCGCUGCAGCAGCAGCGGCCAGCACAGGACCAGGGGGAGCUUCGGGAGCUCCAGGUGUGGGGGAAGGUUCGGCAACAGAUUCGGUGGCAGCAGCAGUUGCAGCGGUGGCAGCGGGAAGUGGGUGGAGUGAGGAAGAGGUGUUGUUGUUGCUAGAGGGAAUUGAGAUGUUUGGGGAUAGCUGGGAGAAGGUGGCAAGGCAUGUGAAGACGAAAGACCGAGCGCAGUGUCUGGCUUAUUUUGUCCGCAUGCCCAUGGGUGACUCGUUUGAAUCGAUCAGUGCGCCACCUGCUACAGUCACACGUGCUUCAGUCACGCCUGUCUCUGAAGCUCCUGUAUCUGCCACAGCUGCUGUUGCUGCUGCCACUGAGAGGAGUGAGGGAGAUGAGAAGGGAGGGGAGGGGAGGGACGGAGGUGGGGUGGGUGAAAAGAAGGGUGACGUGGAAAUGCAAGCUGCUGACGUGGGAGAAGAUGCAGCAGCGGAAAAGGCAGAGGAGAUUGGAACAGAGACUAUAGAGAAUGAUUUGUCAAGACGAGGCAUGAAGAGAAAGGGAUCGAAUCUGGAGCAGCAGAAUUCGAAACCAACAGUGAUGGGUCUGGACGAGCCCAUUCCGUUUGGCGACAGUGGUAACCCUAUCAUGGCGCAGGUGGCGUUUAUCUCUGGUGUGGCUGGGCCUCGUGUGGCUGCUGCUGCUGCUCAGGCUGCUCUGGCCGCGCUUGUGUUUGAAGACCCGUCUGCCCUUGCUGAGUUGCACCAGGCUGCUGCUGAGGCAGAGGCGAGGGCAGUGGCCGCAGAGGAAGAGGCAAAGGCAGCAGCAGCAGCAGCAGCAGCAGCAGCAGCAGCAGCAGCAGCAGCAGAGCAUGAGGUGAGGGCAGGGACAGGGGCAGGGGCAGGGGCAGGGGCAGGGGCAGGGGCAGGGGCAGGGGCAGGGGCAGGGGCAGGGGCAGGGGCAGGGGCAGGGGCAGGGGCAGGGGCAGGGGCAGGGGCAGGGGCAGGGGCAGGGGCACCAGCGGCAGCAGGAGAAGGAGGAGGAGGGGGACUGGCAGCGAAGGGAGAGAAAGAGGGGAGUGCAGUGAUAGAGAAAGAUGUUGGAGGAGUAGAUGCAGAGGUUGUUGCAGAGGGAGCAGCAGGAGACGAUGCAAGGGAAGCAAGAGCAGGGGAGAAGGAGGGGGGAGCAAAAACAAAUAAAGAAGGACUGGCAGCAGGAGACAGUGUAGCUGCUGCUCCUGGUGCUGCUGGUGCUGCUGGUGGUGAAUCCGCUGCUACUGCCGCUUCCGAAGGUGGUGAUGGGGAUACUAUUGCUGCUGCGCGUGAAGGGGAUGGCGGCGCGAAAAGGGAUGGCGUGAAAGGGGAUUCUGCUGAAAAGGAUGAUGUUAAAGGGGAUGCUGUUAAAGGGGAUGUUGUUAAAGGGGAUGCCGUUAAAGGGGAGGAGGGUGUGAAAGGGGAUGCGGAAGCUACUGAUGUUAAGGGACAGGUACAGAUGGAGAGAGGAGGAGAGGAGAACGAGGGACAGAAAGAGGAGGGGGGUGGGAAAGUGAGGAAGAUAGAGAGUGAUGGUGGCAUAGAUGGCAUGGAUGUUGAUGGAGGUAAGGAGGCGAGCAAAGGGGAUGAGGAAGGGAAGGGAGGAGGUGACGUUGGAAAGGAGGGGGAGGAGAGUAGGGAAGGUGGGGGUGCAAAGGGCGAGCAGGGAGAGAAGAGAGAGGGGAAUGAGAUUGUCAUCGCUGCAACAGGUACAGAUGCAGCAGCAGGAGAAAAGGCCACACCAGAGAAAGCAGAAGGAGCAGCUGGAGCAGGAACAGGAGGAGGAGGAGGGGGGGGAGCAGAAGGGGAGGCAGGAGGAGGCAAGGGCCCUCAACGCCGCGUUCCCUCUCUGAGCGACGUGCCGUCAGCUCUGCGCAUCCGAGCAGCUGCUGCCACCGCAAUGGCUGCUGCAGCGGUGAAGGCACGGCUCAUGGCUGAGGAGGAGGAGCGGGAGAUGCGACGCGUGAUGGCUGAACUGGUGGCCAAACAGUGUCUGAAGCUUGAGAAGAAGAUGCUUCAGUUUGAGAGGCUAGAGCAGCUAAUGGCACGGGAGAGAGCGAGCAUCGACAGGCAGAGGGCAGCGCUGUUUGAGGAGAGAAUGAGGCUCGUUAGGGAGAGAGCCGCAAUUCGUGCUGCUGCUGCUGCUGGUAUUGGUCCUGGUGCUGGUGGUAUUGCAACUGACAUUGCUGGUUAA